AUGUACCCAUUCCACUACAAUCCCUACCACUACCCAGCGUCCUACACGUCAAGAGGCCCGUUCUUUAUCCCACGCCCUGUAAUAGAUGAUUUUGCCGAGUUCCGGCCAAAUGAAAAGUUUUUCCAAGGUGAUGGCAACUACGAGCGGACCGAAAAAGCCCUCUACAUUUUACGUUUUUUGGCCUUUGCCCAGAUUUUUACUGGCGGAGUGCUACUCGUAACUGACGUUUCAAAGAUAGUACUACUAUGGAAUUUUCUAACAAUGAGUGAUGUGAAGUUGCAAUAUGUAGCCCAGCUGCUCUACCCUGUAUUUGUGAUAGUGCUGGGUUUCGUAUGUCUAACAGCCGUCGUCUCGCCCUCUUCCACACUGACAAAAUUCGUUUUGGUGUUGGUGGUGACGACCGUAAUACCGACCGUGUUAUUACCGGCCAACUCUCCGUUCGUUUCUGCGGCUAUGGAGGCAAUGUCAUUGGCCAGGACUGUUGAGAGUGCAUUCUUCUCUAUACAGCCGCGUGACCUCAGUCGUGGUAUGAUCCAAAGCGAGGCGGCCAACAAGAUGAUAAAAAUGCUGGCUUCCCAUAAUGAGCGAUGGCCACUUGGCAUAAAGGAGGGUUUGAAGUAUGCUCAGACAAACCCAAAUGUGACAAUCGCCGUCUUGACUGGCACUGGCAACUACUACUGCUCGGGCAAUGACCUCAGUAACUUUGCGGCUGCUGCGACGAAGGACGCAGCUGGGGUAAAAGCCAUGGCCGAAGAGGCAAAAGUAGUACUUAGGGACUACGUCAAGGCUUACAUCGAUUAUGAUAAACCGCUCGUUGCUUUGAUCAAUGGACCGGCGAUCGGCAUCUCCGUCACUGUGUUGGCGCUAUUUGACGCGGUUUACGCUACCAAUAAGGCUACAUUCCAAACACCCUUUGCCCAAGUUGGCCAGAGUCCAGAAGGCGCUUCAGCCUAUACAUUCCCGCUGUUGAUGGGCCCGACCCGCGCUGCUGAGUUUUUGCUCUUUGGCCGUAAACUGUCUGCUUUGGAGGCAAAGGAAUUCGGGCUCGUGAAUGAGGUGUUCGAAGAGGGGACCUUUGCUCAGCAAACCUCGUCCUUGCUGGCCAAUUAUUCAUCGCUACCACCCGAGAGCAUGCGUGAGAGUAAGAAGCUUCUGCGCAAGAUCCAUAAGGACAAUUUGUAUAAAGAGGAAUGCGAUCUGAUCUGCGACCGCUGGCAAAGUGCCGAAUGUAAAAAUGCCAUUGUCAGCUUUUUGAGCAAAUCUAAGAAA